AUGGCGCAAGCGAAAUAUUCGAGAAUAGAUAACAAAAGGUCUACGUCGGGUUACUGUUCGACAGUGACUAUUGUUGUGUUUGUGGCUCUAUGCUUGGUUGGGCUAUGGAUGAUGACGUCGUAUUCUGUAGUUCCUGUGCAAAAUGUAGAUGAGUCUUCAGUGAAUAAUAAGAAUGAGGUGAAAGAACGGACUGAGGUGAAGGAUCAGGUAAGUGAAGCCACUAGUGAUGCCAGUAAUAGCAAUGCUCGGCAGUUUGAAGAUAAGCAGGGAGAUCUGCCUCAGGAUGCAACCAAAAUGGAUAGCAGUGUCACAUCUGAAAACAAUCCUGUUAUCCCAGAAAAACAGGUAGUUACUGAUAAGGCUCCUGAAGAUACCAAGCUGGUAUAUACUGAUUCAACUCAGUACGCGAAGCCUUCUGAUUCGGAUGGGAGCAAUAACAAACCUGUUUUUGGUGAGGAUAACAAGAAAUCUGAUUCUGAUGAGGGUGAAAAGAAGUCCAAUUCUGAUGAGAGUAAGAAGUCGGAUUCUGAUGAGAGCGAGAAGAAGUCUGAUUCUGAUGAGAGCAAGAAGAAGUCCGAUUCUGAUGAGAGUGAGAAGAAAUCUGAAUCAAGUGGUAACGGACAAUCUGUUUCAGAUGAAAAGGGGAAUAGCCCUGGUUCAGAUGAAAGUGAAAAUAAAACUGAUGACUUGAAUGGAACAACAGAUAAUAAAACAGAAGAAAAGGUAGAUCAAAGUGAUAACCAGGGGUCUGAUGGAAGCUCUAAUGAGAAGAAAACAGAAGAAAACACCAACAACCACGGCUCUAAUGAGAUGCUCCCUUCUGGGGCCCAUUCAGAACUUCUGAAUGAAAGUACAACUCAAAAUGGUUCUUUUUCAACACAAGCAGCAGAGUCAAAGAAUGAAAAUGAGAUUCAAAAAUCCUCCAAGCAGUCUGCUGGGUUCAAUUGGAAACUCUGCAAUGUCACUGCUGGCCCUGAUUACAUUCCAUGCCUUGACAACUUGAAGGCAAUUAAGAGCCUUCGAACUACUAAACACUAUGAACACAGAGAAAGGCAAUGUCCUCAAGAUCCUCCUACCUGCCUUGUCCCUCUUCCUGAAGGAUAUAAACGCCCAAUUGAGUGGCCCAAAAGCAGAGAGAAGAUAUGGUAUUCCAAUGUUCCACAUACUAAGCUUGCUGAAUAUAAGGGGCACCAGAAUUGGGUAAAAGUUACAGGCGAGUAUCUUACUUUUCCUGGUGGUGGAACCCAAUUCAAACAUGGUGCACUUCAUUACAUCGACGCUAUACAACAGUUCGUACCUGAUAUUGCUUGGGGAAAACAAACACGUGUGAUAUUAGAUGUUGGAUGUGGUGUUGCCAGCUUUGGUGGCUUUCUCUUUGAAAGAGAUGUACUUACAAUGUCAUUUGCACCAAAAGAUGAACAUGAAGCUCAGGUACAAUUUGCACUUGAAAGGGGAAUUCCUGCUAUAUCUGCUGUGAUGGGCACAAAGAGGCUUCCAUUCCCUGCUAGAGUAUUUGAUGCAGUCCAUUGUGCACGCUGUAGAGUUCCAUGGCAUAUAGAAGGUGGAAAACUUCUCUUGGAGCUGAAUAGAGUAUUGCGACCUGGUGGUUUCUUUGUAUGGUCUGCUACUCCUAUUUAUCAGAAGCUUCCUGAAGAUGUAGAAAUAUGGGAAGAAAUGAAGGCACUAACAAAAGCCAUGUGCUGGGAAGUGGUAAAUAUCAGCAAGGAUAAACUUAAUGGAGUUGGUAUAGCUGUAUACAGGAAGCCAACUUCUAAUGAGUGUUAUGAGAAACGUACCAAGAAUGAGCCUUCUCUAUGUCAAGACUCUGAUGAUCCUAAUGCUGCGUGGAACAUUUCAUUGCAAACAUGCAUGCACAAAGUGCCAGUGAGUUCGACAGAACGUGGGUCACAGUGGCCAGAGAAAUGGCCAGCAAGACUCAGCCAAUCACCUUACUGGUUAUCAAACUCUGAAGUCGGAGUUUAUGGAAAGCCUGCUCCCAAAGAUUUUGCGGCUGAUUAUGAAUACUGGAAACGUGUAGUGUCCAAGUCUUAUCUAAAUGGGAUGGGCAUUCAGUGGUCCAAUGUGCGCAAUGUCAUGGACAUGAGAUCUGUCUAUGGAGGGCUUGCAGCAGCUUUGAGAGAUUUGAAUAUUUGGGUGAUGAAUGUGGUUCCGGUAGACUCGCCAGACACACUUCCUAUUAUAUAUGAACGGGGGCUAUUUGGCAUAUAUCAUGAUUGGUGCGAGUCAUUUAGCACAUAUCCCAGAUCCUAUGAUCUACUUCACGCAGAUCAUUUGUUUACAAAGCUUAAGAAAAGAUGCAAGUUUGAAGCUGUAGUGGCUGAGGUUGAUAGAAUUCUCAGGCCUGAGGGAAAGCUUAUUGUCCGUGACACUGCUGAGACCAUUAACGAGCUUCAGAGCUUGCUGAAGUCUAUGCAGUGGGAGGUUCGCAUGACUUACUCUAAAGAAACACAGGGCUUUUUAUACAUCCAGAAGUCCAAAUGGCGGCCUACAGAAUUGGAAACAGUAGAGUAUGCCAUUGGUUAA